GUGAUUGGGAGCCCGCAGCGCCCGCAGGCGCAUGCGCCCUUGAGUCACCAACACAGCUCUCCGUUGCCGAGCUCCGCCUUCCGCGCGUGACAGGAUGGAGGGGCGGAGGAGGAGGAGAAAGAGAAGGAGGAAGCAGGAAGUGAGUGCUCACAAACAAGACCGGAGUCUGGGCAGCGGCUGCCCUCGCGAGCUCAAGAGCCAUCAUCGCCGGGCCUCUGAGGUGCCUCCAUAGCCGCCGCCAUGUCAGCGAUGGAGAAACAUCUCUUUAACUUGAAAUUUGCUGCCAAAGAAUUGAACAGAAAUUCCAAAAAGUGUGAUAAAGAAGAAAAGCUUGAAAAAGCUAAAAUAAAGAAGGCAAUUCAGAAAGGUAAUACGGAAGUUGCAAGAAUACAUGCCGAAAAUGCAAUCCGACAGAAGAACCAAGCGAUCAACUUCUUGCGCAUGAGCGCUCGGGUGGAUGCUGUGGCAGCGAGGGUUCAGACGGCAGUAACUAUGGGCAAGGUGACAAAGUCAAUGGCUGGAGUGGUUAAAUCUAUGGAUGCCACCUUGAAAACUAUGAACUUGGAAAAGAUCUCUGCUUUGAUGGACAAAUUUGAACAGCAGUUUGAAACCUUAGACGUCCAGACGCAGCAGAUGGAAGACACGAUGAGCAGUACCACCACGCUAACAACACCACAGAAUCAAGUGGAUCUGCUUCUUCAAGAAAUGGCUGACGAAGCAGGCCUUGACUUGAAUAUGGAGCUACCUCAAGGACAGACAGGUUCUGUCGGCACGAGUGUUGCUUCCGCGGAACAGGAUGAGCUCUCGCAAAGACUGGCUCGCCUUCGUGAUCAAGUGUGACGGGAAGAAUCAGUUCAGCAGUUCUUCAUGUAUGCUUCCAAAGCAUUCUGUGUACAUAACUCCUGGCUCCGUUAGGAAUUCCUCUGUCUGACACAUCUGGAUAUUUGUCCAGCGUGCUAAAGGGUGCUCCUCUUUGUCUUGCUGCGCUUUCUAAAAUACAUUAACUCAAAACGUGGUAUUAACCCUUCGGCAUUGUGUGUGUGGUUUUCUAGUUCCGUACAGCACAUUCUCUCCCCCCCCCCCCCAGUUGAAGCUUCUAUUUUUGCAGAUGUUCUUCAUAUAAAGACCCUGGUGGAAAUGUCUAUUUAGCCGAGUGUAAUGUCAGUUCAUCCCAUUAAGAGGAAAGUUGCACCCCUAACAUAUGUGAUUUUAAGUUAUAUAGCGGGGUUUUAAAUUAUGGUUAAGGGCUGUGGUUGGCAGAGGUGGCGCACGUCAGCUGCGUGAUCAUGACACUUAAUGCUCAAGAAACACAAAACAGACCAGGUGGACAGAAUGGUACAUGUAAGUGUGUACUGUGCCUAUAUGUAUAUUCUUUAAACUGUACUAGAUUAUCUGCCUUUGGCAUUGCAGAGCAAGCAUUCUUGUAGCGAGGCUGAAAACGACAGCCGCCUCAGCUGUCAUCACUGGAACCUAUCGUCACUUCCGUUCCAAAGGAAUAAAAUAUAUUUUUCAACACUU